GCCAGCAAAGAAUGUUCUUGUUCGGCCUCCCAGCGCUCCGGGGAAUGUGCCGCUGUUUGCUGGGGGUGGCCCGACUAGUGCGGUGACAUCAGUGUCGCUGACAUUUAGCCCAGGCCUACUCCAUUGACCUCAGUGGGAUGCAGUGGGAGUAGGCGGGUCUUCGUGUGGCUUUUUUACAGAGCAGCAACCGGGCUGUAAAACACAGAAGUGCUUUAGCACUAGCACUGGAUUCUACAACAAGGAAGAUGAAUCUGCCACUUCUACAGACAGUAGUGCUGAGAAGGCUUCAGAGAAUCAGGAGAAGGCAACACCAGGAAAUGCAAAGAAGAAUUUGUUGAACAUUAUUAGUGAAAUGAAAGUAGAAUUAAGUUCAAAGAAGACGUUCCAGAUACUAAAAACACUGAAGACCAAGGAGCAAACCAAGGACCAGCCAGAAAGUAUGGAGAGUGCAAGUAGCAUGUUUCAGAAAGCUACAGCAGACAGUAAAGCUAAGAGGAGCAAGCCUCUCAAUCCAGAAUUGGUGGAAGCUGCUUCUGCUGUUGCAUCUUCCUUACCUUUCGACAGGAAACAGACAGUAUCAGAUUUACUUGCACAACUAAGGAAGCAUGAAGAAGCCACUGAUGCACAGAAAAAAGGGGAAACAACUAACAUAAGCAACGUUAUUGCAGACAUGAAGAUUGGGAAACGCCGUCUCACCCGUGGUGUAUCCAGGCCAUCCAGUCAGAUUUCAUUUGAUGAUGAUGAUGGGCAAGGUGACAUGUUUCAAAGUGGUGUCCUGUCUGAAUUUGCUGGAAGUAAAAGAAGAGGGCUUCACCUAGGAAGGAGGCUUAACAUUUUCCCUGUUUCUCCCACUGUUACAGAAGGGACACCUGAAGCAGAGUCUUCACCUUCACUCUGGGAUCUGGAACUUGCUAAUCAGAUUGCAGCAGUAAAUCAAAAGCCACCUCGGAAUGGGUUUGAAGAGAUGAUCCAGUGGACAAAAGAGGGAAAACUGUGGGAGUUCCCUAUUAAUAAUGAGGCGGGUAUUGAAGAUGAUGUUGAAUUUCAUGAACAUAUCUUUCUGGAUAAAUACCUAGAAGAUUUUCCCAAGCAAGGACCUAUUCGCCACUUCAUGGAACUAGUGACCUGCGGGCUUUCCAAGAACCCAUAUCUAAGUGUUAAACAAAAAGCUGAGCAUAUUGAAUGGUUCCGGGAUUACUUCCAGGAAAAGGAGGAACUUCUUAAGGAGAUUGAUGAUCAUGAGAAAGAAACAGACCUUAGUCUUGAAAAGAAGAGUCUGUCAAAGUAACAAGUGAUCAUUUAAAAAAAACCCCAUUGUGUCAGUGCAUAGUAAAACAUUGUAAACACCUGAUUUGAAAGAUGUAAUUGUAUGAACUUAAAAAAAAAAAAAAAAAAAAAAAGCUAAAAUUUGCCACUCUUCUGUUAGUUUGUAUACACAAAAUGGAGGGAAUGGUCUGCAGCUCAUAGACUGUACAUAGCAAAAAUGUAAUUAAUUCUGCAGUACAAAUUCCCUGAUUCACCAUUUAAUUCAUUUUAAGCCUAUGCAAAAUAACCAGUAAGUAGCUUUCUCAGAAUGGUCUUUAUUUUACUGGUUUCUGCUGUACGGUCGCAGAAUCUAGAGAUGAAAAAAGGCCAGUAAUGUCGUCGACUCCACCUCCCUGCCAAUUCAGGAUUGUUCCCUGUUGAAUAUUAAUAUUUUGUGUGGUUUAUUUUUAAAUAUGCUAAUUGCUGGUGGGUGAUUCCACUAUUUCCCUUGA